ACAGGUUUCAGAAGGUGACAAUGAAAUGUGAAGAAGUUACAUUUCUAAUGUGAUACUUGAAAGUUAGUAACUGCUUACCAAAUUUUUGUGAAAACUAAAUAUGACUUAGAAGCAUUGAUUUAUGAAGGUUUAUGAUGUCAUCGGUUGUGACAGAAAGCAAACUGCAGCAGGCUGUGAGCCUGCAAGGAGUGGACCCAGAAACAUGCAUGAUGGUAUUUAAAAACCACUGGGCACAGGUCGUGAAGAUCUUAGAGAAGCAUGACCCCUUGAAGAACACCCAGGCAAAAUAUGGAUCCAUCCCUCCAGAUGAGGCCAGCGCUGUGCAGAAUUAUGUAGAACACAUGCUCUUCUUGCUGAUUGAAGAGCAAGCCAAGGAUGCUGCGAUGGGGCCAAUUCUGGAAUUCGUGGUCUCUGAGAACAUCAUGGAGAAACUCUUCCUUUGGAGCUUGAGGCGGGAAUUUACUGACGACACGAAAAUCGAGCAGCUAAAGAUGUAUGAGAUGCUGGUCACCCAGUCACACCAGCCUCUGCUGCACCACAAGCCCAUCCUGAAGCCCUUGAUGAUGUUGCUGAGCUCUUGUUCAGGAACAGCCACCCCUGCCGUGGAGGGGAAGCUGGUCGUCCUGCUCAAUCAGCUCUGUUCCAUCCUUGCCAAAGAUUCGUCCAUUCUGGAACUCUUUUUCCACACAAGUGAGGACCAAGGGGCGGCCAACUUCCUCAUCUUCUCCCUUCUGAUACCUUUCAUUCACCGAGAGGGGACAGUAGGUCAGCAGGCCCGGGAUGCUUUGCUUUUCAUCAUGUCUCUCUCUGCUGAGAACAGCAUGGUAGCCCAUCACAUUGUGGAGAACACCUACUUUUGUCCAGUCCUUGCAACCGGGCUCAGUGGUCUCUACUCUUCCCUGCCUACAAAGCUAGAGGAGAAAGGCGAGGAGUGGCACUGCCUUCUGAGGGAUGACUGGCUCCUUCUCCCAGCGCUGGCCCAGUUCAUGAACUCCCUGGAGUUUUGCAAUGCGGUCAUCCAGGUGGCUCACCCCUUAAUUCGUAAUCAGCUUGUAAAUUAUAUUUACAAUGGGUUCUUGGUACCAGUCUUGGCUCCUGCUCUCCAUAAGGUGACUGUGGAGGAGGUCAUGACCACAACUGCAUAUUUGGACCUUUUUCUGCGUAGCAUCUCCGAGCCAGCACUACUUGAAAUCUUCCUCCGUUUUAUCCUGUUGCACCAGCACGAGAAUGUCCACAUCCUAGAUACUCUCACAAGCCGAAUCAACACCCCAUUCCGGCUCUGUGUGGUGUCCCUGGCAUUAUUUAGAACUCUUAUCGGUUUACACUGUGAAGAUGUGAUGUUACAGCUAGUUCUAAGGUAUCUGAUCCCUUGCAAUCACAUGAUGCUGAGUCAGAGGUGGGCUGUGAAGGAGAGAGACUGUUACUCUGUCUCUGCGGCCAAGCUGCUCGCCCUGACCCCCAUCUGCUGCUCCAGCGGGAUCACCCUGACGCUUGGGAACCAAGAGAGGGAUUAUAUUCUCUGGUCGAAGUGUACACACGAUAGUUCAGUGGCAGGGCCCAUGGAGCAGCCACUCCCCGAGGCGUUCUCGCCGUUGGCCUGCAUCGUGGAGUAUGGCAAAGCCCUGGACAUCAGCUACCUGCAGUACCUGUGGGAGGCUCACGCCAACAUCCUCCGCUGCAUGAGGGACUGCCGCGUCUGGUCCGCCCUCUAUGACGGGGACUCCCCUGACCCUGAGACGUUUCUCCAGAGUCUGACAGAGGAGAGCACUGCCAGCGCCACCUACCCUGUGUUCCAGCUCCCGCAGCAGCUCCCCAGAAGGACGGGGCCUCAGCUGGCUUCGAGGAAGGACAAGAGCCAGACGGAACUGGAGUGGGACGACAGCUAUGACACCGGGAUCUCCUCAGGGGUGGAUGCAGGCUCCCCUGGGCCUGGUGACGAUCUGGAGAAUUCAGGCCCCCCGGCCCCAAUCGAUCCCCCCAAACACAUCCAGGAGAUGAAGAAGAACGCCAUCCUGCUCUUCAAGGGGUCCUACAUCGAAGAGUCCGACUUUCAGGACGACGUGAUGGUGUACAGGUUGUGUGCUGAGAAGGACUCUGAGGAUGCUCGGAAUCCACAGGAGGAACCUGCAAGGCCCCCAGCCCAAGGCCAGACCGAGGUCCAGAGCCCCGCCAUGAGCAACGGCCCCCUGCCCAGCCCUCGGCCAGAAACAGAUUCGGAGGAGGAACACAUCAGGGACAAUGCGGACGAAUCUCAGAGUGUGUCCAAGGAACCAGAAGAAGACACUGAACCUGAAGUAGCCCCAGGAUUAAGCUCAGAGCUAGCACCUCCUGUCUGUGAGGUGGAGCACAGUUCAGACCUGAUCGUUAUUCACCCAGAGGGUGAAGAUUUAAUUUCCCAGUAUGACCAGAUCAUUAAAGAACUGGAUUCUGGCACCGAGGGCUUGAUAGGGCAGAAUUUCUCCUCACCUGACCCCUUGCUCCAAACACAAGAUCAAGCAGGGCAGGAAGCAGAGAGCAAAGGGGAAGAGGAGGAGGAGGAGGAGGACGAUGACUUUGACUCUUUCAUAGCAGGAGCCCCUGCCCCCGAGACCCUGUCAUCCCCGUUUGGGGUGAGAGAUGAGACUGCCUUUGCUAGUCCCCAGCCCAUGAGGACUCAGAGCACGCCAUUCACAGGCCCAUUCAUCAGUGUGGUCCUGUCCAAGCUGGAGAACAUGCUGGAGAACUCUUUGCACGUUAACUUGCUGCUCAUUGGGAUCAUUACUCAGCUAGCCAGCUACCCCCAGCCACUCCUGCGUUCCUUCCUGCUCAACACCAACAUGGUCUUCCAGCCAAGUGUCCGUUCUCUCUAUCAGGUCCUAGCAUCUGUGAAAAACAAGAUUGAACAGUUUGCGUCUGUGGAGAGAGACUUCCCAGGACUCCUCAUGCAAGCCCAGCAAUACCUGCUCUUCCGUGUGGACAUGUCUGACAUGACCCCUGAGUCACUACCCAAAGAUCCCGUUCAGGACGCCUCCAGGACAGGAAUUGGCAAGAACUUUUUGGAUGGUCCCCCGAGAGUGCUUCAGCCCUUCCUGACAAACAGAGCCAAGGUGGCGGGGGUGCCCGCAGGCCUGCCCCUGUCCGUGCGGAACGCCAUGCUGGCAGCUGCCCUCUUCCCGGAGUUCCUGAAAGAACUGGCUGCCCUGGCCCAGGAACACUCCAUUCUGUGCUGCAAGGUCCUGGGUGACUUCGAGGACUCCUAUUGUUAGUGUUUUUUUUUGUUUUUGUUUUUGUUUUUAAAGGUUUUAGUGUCUGACUGAAUGUUAAAUGCAAAGCUGCUUACAAAAAUUUCUACUUUGAUAUUUCCUGACAAUACUUGAUUUUGGGGAGGGGAAUUUUCUGUACACGUCCUCUCUCUAGCCAGGUCUUUUCAUCCCGCGUUAUACAGAAUGUUAAGUCUCAUAAGCUGGUUGGUCCUUUGGCAGGUUUUCUUUGCUCAAUUUUUCCUCAGACGUUUUGGUUGUUAUUCUCCCAUCCUUUUGAAUCAGCUCAUCUUGCAGCUUAGCUCACACCAAGCGAAUAUUGGGGUUCGCUGAUUUCUGGAAGUACCCUGUGUCAGAGGCUGACUCUUUAACAGGUGACGAAUGUGUGUCUGCUCCUGUGGCCUCUGCAUUUUGGCUUCCGUUUUACGAAAGGGAAGGAUAGAGCCCCACCCCUUGCCUCCACCACGUAAGCAGAGAUGCCCUUCUGCACUGUGUUUCCAAGACUUGUUUUCUGCUCCAUGUGUAUUGCCUUAUGGUGGAGGCACAUCCACUGGUCUCUGUUCUCUGCCUAGGAAGUAAGAUGUGGCUGGGGAGGGUUUGGAAUGCAGGGACAUUUUCUUGUUGCUUGAGAGCUUUCUUUAAUCAGUGUAUCACUACUGAAGCACUGAAAACAGCCUUAUUUUAGUAAAAUUUGCACAAAAUGAAAUAUGCCUAUGCAAACUGUUACUUUGGGUUUUAGGAGUUCGAUCAUAGGAAGAAAGCAUGUUAUCAUAUACUUAUAUAAGAAGACAGCCAUCAUUAUUUUUAAAAGCGUUUUAUGAAAAACAUUAAUUUGUGAAGUUA